GCGAAGGCAUCACUUGCGGGGUUUCGAACCCCGGGCGGUCGCGUAGCGCUCGCACGCUGGGCGCGCGCCUAACGCGUGCCCCACGCCGAAGCCUCGAUGUCUGCGGUCCGGCGGAAGUGGCCGCUGCUGGUGCUGGCGCUGGUGGUUGCCCCAGCCGCUAUAGGGCCCACCAAGGCGCUGAAGCAGCUGGGCAGCUGGACCAACCAGGCAGUGUCUGCCAUCAACAAUGCGGUGCUGCAGCCCAACGCUUUCGAGGUGAACGUGGCCAACCUCUCGGGCGUGGAGCCGGACCGGGCGGGGGGACUGUCCGCCUUGGUGCUGGGCGUGGCGGGGAACGCGGCCUUUGUGGCGCUCUUGGUGCGCUACGUGGAGGAGGCGAGGAAGGCCAACCCGCUGCUGCACGAGGGCAACGUGGCGCAGCGCCAGCGCCAGAUGCCCUGCGGGUCCAAGGAGCUGCUGGGGAAGCCCUGGGGCUGGCUGAGAGCCGCCAUGUCCGUGACCCCGGAGGAGAUUGAGGCGGCCGCUGGCCUGGAUGCCGCCAUGAUGGUGGAGUUUGCGGAGCUGUCCUUGCAGAUCUUAGCGAUCAUCGGGGUGCCCUUCGUUUGCAUCCUCUGCCCGCUGCACUUCUACUUUGGCGGUGAGUGUAACCAGGAGGAUCAGCUGGGCUGGGUGGGCAUGGCCAACGUGGAGCAGGGCAGCUGGCUCUGCUGGGUCCACGGAGGUUUGGUGUGGUACGUGGUGCUGGCGGUGACCCACUGCGUAAAGGCGGCGCAGAAGAGUUUCGUGGAGCGCCGGGUCCGCUGGAUGCGGCGCCUGCCGGCGCCCCGCUGCAAGACCAUCCUGGUGGAGCACAUCCCGCGGGAGCACUGUUCAGAUGGAGGGCUCACAGCAUACUUCAACUCCGUGUUCGGAAGGGAAGUGGUCGAGUCGGCCCACGUCACCAGAAACACGCAGGACCUGCGAUGGCACCUGUCUUGGGUGAACGAAGCGGAGGAAGAGCUGCGGAAGGCUUUCGCCACGCAGCAGACCAGCGGCCAACGCCCCCGCGGCUUCUUCCCGGGCAGACCGGCCUCGAGCGGGGAGGGAACACCGGCGCCCUGGCACGCGGCGGCGCCCCACCUGAUGCUCGACGGCCCACCAGAGCUGCGCGAUGCCAUCGAGCACUGGCAGGAGGUGCUGCAGACGGAGCGCUCCGCCUUGCUCGAGGAGCGCCGGCGCUUGGGCCUUUGCGCGCACGGGGAGCCGGACUUUGCCAGCGGCGUCUACGGCUGCAGCGGCUUCGUGACCUUCCUGCAGCGCAGGGACGCGGAGAUCGCCUUGCGGCUGCAGUACCGCGCGGACGGCCUGCAGUUUUUGGUGUCCGCCCCUCCGGCACCAGAGGAUGUGCGCCACGAGGACCUGCAGAAAAGGACCAUGGGCUUCGGAGACUACUUGCUCGGUUAUCUCUGCAUCCUCUUCCUCUUCUGGGCCUUUGCCCCCUUCAUCGUGGCCUUUUCCGCUGUGGCGCGGCUGGACAACCUGCAGACGCUGGUGCCCCGCCUGCAAUGUAUCGUCGCCUUGUGGCCGGUGAUCCGCACGGUGUGGGACGGCUUGGCCAGCGUCUUUGCGCUGGGCUUCUUCAUGAGCGUGCUGCCCAACUGUCUGAUGUUCAUCUCCAACCGGCUCUUCGUGACCAAGAGCGGUCGCUGCUGCCAGUUGCAGCUGCAGACCUGGUAUUUCUACUUCCUGGUCGUCUUUGUUCUGAUGGUGACGGCAGUGGGCUCGUCGCUCUUCAAAACCCUGAGCCGCUUGUUGGACCACCCCCGAGAGAUCUUCUCCCUGCUGGCCUCAACGCUGCCCCAUGCCACCCAGUUCUACCUCAGCUACUUCCCCAUGCAGUGGUCCGUGUUGGUGCUGGAAGCCACCCGCUACCAGAUCGCGGUGAAGUUCCUGGCGCUGCAGGCCCUGUGGGGCGCGGAGAGGGCCAAGGAGCUGUGCGAGCCGGAGGACCAGGCCAACUACGGCAUAGGCGCCAGAAGUGCCCGGAUGGCGCUGCUGCUGGUGACGGCCUUGGUGUUCUGCAGCCUCUCUCCGUUGAUAUGCCUCCUGGGCGUGGUGACCUUUCUGAUCUGCCGCGCCACGUAUGGCUAUCUGCUGGUCUACUCGGAGAUUCCGAAGCCGGACACGGGGGGAGAGUUCUGGUGCGCUCAGCUGGACCAUGUCCAGAAGGGCCUCUUCAUCUACGUGCUGCUCAUGAUGGGCGUCCUGCUGGACCGCGCGGACUCCCUGGGGCCGCCGCUCAUCGCGGCCGCCGGGGGGAUCAGCCUGCUGCAGCGCUACCUGCGCUUCCGCCGCAGGUUCCGGUGGCGGGGUCUGCCUUUCGAGGACCUGGGCCAGGAGGAGCCCUGUGCCACGGGCCAGGGCUACUGCCAGCCCGAGCUGGGCGGCCCGCUGCCUUCGCCGCGCGCGGAAUCCGCGCCGAAGGCGGCGCUGCCGGGGUGAGCCGCGGGCUUCCGCGGGUCCCGCGAGCCACGGAUUGACGGGGUGGGGCCCCGGCCCCACUUGGCGGGGCCGGUUUUGG